AUGCUGCUACUCCACUGGAUGGCAUCUGAAUAUCAUCAGAAUCUGAUGUAUCUUACUAUAAACAUCAAGGAUCCUCAAUCACUCGACACCGUUUUCAAUCUACCAUAUGAAAUCGUAAACUCUGAUGUGGAACGAACCGGCAGACUUUCCAAUAAUACAACUAUUUCAUUGCAAGGAAAUAUCGAUAUCAAGAGAAACGAUGGAAUGACUGGAACUAUUAAGCUUGAAUGGAGACUGAAUGAAUUGUUACUGAAAAUGGUGAUUACUAGAAUUCAGUAA